AUGGCAGAACAAAUUACACACAAGCGGCCACUCAGAAUCAAGGUCGACAAAGAAAGGCGGAAGCAAUUGCAUGAUUUUUACAAGCUGAAAGACUCCACAGAAGAUGGUCAAGAUGUGGCAGCGCAAGCCAACUUAGAGCACGAUUCUCAGGCCGAGGACAAUAGCACAUCAUCGUUUGAAGAAAAACGGCUGGAGCCAAGUGUGCCGAAGAUUUCAGAAAGCAGAUUGGUCGAGUUGGUCCACGCGCACAACACGCUUUCGAGCAAAAAGGCAGAGAUGAACAAUACCAUCAAAAACACAAUCUAUGAGAACUACUAUGAUCUCAUUAAGGUAAACGAGCUACUGCACAGCGUUGGGAACAAUGAUAGCGGCCAUUUGGGUCAGCUGAAAGAGGUCUUCAAGCUGCUGGAGGAGAGGUAA